GGUCCCCGUUGUCAUCGCAACCACAUAAAUAAAGCGUGUCAUAACUUGAAGCGGAAACCAGGUGCGAAAACAGGUAAAUUGUUUACUUCUAGACACCACUCGUUUUCAGAUUUCUAAACAUGGCCUGCACACAGAGAGGAAACAAUGAGCUGAAAAUGAAAGCGAAGAGAAUGAUGAAGGAGGCAAAAGACCCCAUUGAAAAGCUUCGCUACGCUUGUCUAGCCAGAGGGGCCAGUGGUAUCAAAGGUCUGGGCAGAACAUUCAGAAUAAUGGAUGAUGAUUCCGAUUUAAGUCUGAACAUGAAGGAAUUUAAAAAAGGAAUUCAUGAUUAUGGGUUGAUCAUGGAUGAUGAUGUCGUGAGCUCAUUGUUUCAACAGUUAGAUAAGGAUCACAGUGGGUCCCUGUCAUUUGAUGAAUUCUUGACUGCCCUCAGACCACCUAUGAAUAACUCAAGGAAAGAACUCAUAAGGAGAGCGUUCCAGAAACUGGACAGAACAGGGGAUGGCGUGGUGACCGUACAGGAUCUUCAUGGUGUGUACAACGUAAAGAAACACCCCAAAUACAUCAGCGGAGAGUGGACGGAAGACCAGUGCCUCAAACAGUUCUUAGACUCCUUCGAUUCUCCCAACGACAAAGACGGAAAGGUGACUGAAGAGGAAUUUUUGAAUUAUUAUGCUGGAGUUAGCGCCUCUGUAGACAACGAUGCCUACUUUCACCUAAUGAUGACUAAUGCAUGGAAGUUGUGAGACAAAGAGAGACAGUGUUUGCUGCAUGAAGUGCACCACAGCAUGCAUGGACCUAUAGUUAAUUUUACUUCAAAUAUGGGGAUUCUCCUUAUCUGUGAUAAGAUAUAAUUAUACAUGUAUAUAUAUAGAUACUUGCAAUUUUGUCCAAAAUUUUGGUUUUGGCAUUUAAUCCUCAUGACAGCUUAGGGUUGGAGUAGUGAUUUUCAUUCUCCGUUACUUUAUAACAUGUUGUAAACUUGACGGAUAUAAUGAAUUACGCUUAUAAUGAAGCAAAAUUGUUCGUCCCUGGCACUUCGUUGUAAGCGUGUUUCACUGUAGUGAAAAUUUAUUAAAUCUAACAAAAACGUCUUCUCCACUCCAGUAUAAAGAGAAAAACUAAAAAAACUAAUAUAUGAUUAUGAAGUCCAUUAUGCCCUCUACUAAAAUUGUGUAAUUCUUGGCCCCUAGGUCAGUGGUCCAGGCCCUUUGGCGGGCCCGUAUUGCCAUAUUAAAAAUGUAUAAGAUUUUACACUAUUUUCUUCUUUCCUUUCAAAGUAGAGGGAGAUAAACUAAAUGCAUUUGCUAUUUUGGUCAAAAAUGUCCUCUUCUUAGAUUGUGAAAUAAAUUGUUAAAAUAUUUUCUUCCGUACUUUCAUAGUGGAAAGGGGGGGGGGGGGGUAAACUAAGUGUAUUUGUUAUUCAUUGGGCGGGGGUUCAGGCUUUCAUUCGGGGUGAGGGGGACUAUUGUGUAUGGUCCAUAAGUUUACAUGCAUUGUCCAUUAACAGUUUUACAUUAGGCAAUGGUACUCGUGUGAUCGUCAAGGCCGGUGGGUCUCUUGUUCAGUGUAACAACGCUUAGAAGCGAAAAAUUAAUGCCAAUAUUCAAGAGAAAAAGUAAGGAGAAACUCAUGUAUGGAGAAUUUAUAUAUGAUCAUGAAACAACUCUAUAAUGUGAUCACAAUUCUAGAAUUUAACAUUUUUAUCAACUAAUGCUCGAAUAGACUCUAGACCCAGUAUAUCACAGAGAAAUAGGAUGUCGGGGCAUUGAAUUUGUUAUAAAGCUUUUAUCGAAAAAAGAGAUUAAAUGAAAUAGUUUCUGAUAUAUUUAUUAAAAAUGAAAUUUUU